AUGACCGACUGGUCGUCACAAGCAGAGCUUAUGCAGGACACUCAGGUCUUCAUUAAGCUCCAGCAUGCCCUUCUCGGUCUUUACGCUUGGGAGUUCAUAAUCUCUCUCGAUUUCGACUGGGCGGUCCUCACGGGCAAGAAGAAGUUCAGAUGGCCCCUCUGCUUCUACUUUGCUGGUCGCUACCUCCUUCUCUUCGCCCUUAUUGGCAUUGCCAUCGCUCUGGACACCACGAAGCCCAUCAACUGUCAAGCACUGUAUGCAUUUCUCCAGUUUGCCGGGGACGCAGCCGUUGGUAUGGCCAGUAUCAACCUAUCUCUUCGGACUAUCGCUAUCUGGUCGCGUAACAAAUACAUCAUUGGUCUCCUCCUCGUCAUCAUCCUCGGACACUGGUCGCUCAUCCUCCAAGGCGUCCUCCUCAAGGCCGCCUAUUUCCCGGGCGAGGGCUGCGCGAUCACGGACUCGAAUACGACGGUCCUCAGCGCGACGUUCAUCUACUCAAUGUGCUUCGACCUGAUCGUGCUCUGCCUCUCAACGUACAAGCUCGCGUGGGAACCCCGCCGCAAGCAGAUGGGCGCGCAGAGCCAGCUCGUCAAGAUGAUCUUCGCUGACGGCCUCGUGUACUUCUUCAUUGCGUUCGUGGCCAACGCGAUCGCGACCGUGUUCAUGAUCAUGAACUGGAAUGCGAUCAUGAGCGUCAUCUUCAAUGUGCCCGCCGCGAUCGCGUCAACGAUCGUCGCGUCGCGCGUUGUUCGUCGGCUCACGAACUUCAGGCUCACUGGUCCCGAGAUCUAG